AUGUUCAUUAAAGAAGGGAAACCACCAAUUUAUGAACCAGAUCAGUUUUGUUCUUUUUGCAAAACUGCCAAUGCUGGUAAUGUGUUCAAUUUUAUCUUGUCAUCAAUUUCAUCUGACCGUCAUUGAAAAGACAGGAAAGAACUUAAUAAGAAGCGCACUGUGGCAAUGUUAUACCAAUUUUGUUUCAGUUUGUCAUAACGAUGUGGCACCUUACAGAAGGAUAAUGGCAUUUUUUUAAAAUUUUGCCUCUUAGGGACCGGUCAAAAAGUAUAACACAUAAACACAUGACCCACCCCCUCCCUUCGGCACAAAAAUGACUGACCCACCCCUAAAGCAAGGUUGGAAAUUGCAUGACCCACCCCCUAGUUAAAACAUGGAUGUUUGGUUUCCUCUUAAUAAUCCAAUAAAACCUUGUUCUGUGCUUGACAAAAUUUGUUGAUACACUGCUACAACCAAUAUCAAAAUCACAGAAAUCAUACCUUUCACUGAAAAGACAAAUGUGAAAAACCCAACAUUCUUUGUUUCGAGAUACAGCAAAACGAGGGUAUAUUGAAAUUGUCUGUCACAAAGCAUAUGAAAAUUUCUACAAAGACAACCCAUUCCUACACAUUACUUGCCGGAAAUGCUUAGAUUAAUCGACCCUCAAAGAAAAUUUCUUCCACUUCAAUGGAAAGCACUACCUACAAAACCAUGGAACUGCAAUGGGCACAAAGAAAGCAGAUUUGAUUCCUUUGCCACUAUUUUCAUGACAUAUAUUGAAACAACAACUCUAAGCAAAACUGUCUUUAGAACAACAGUUUGGAAAUGCUACAUGCACGAUAUCUUUGCCCUAUGGGACAUGAGUAAACCAGACAUCGAAGACUUCAUGGAACAAGCAAACUUACAUUACCAACUAUUGAAUUCACGGCCGAAACAUUUGACACUGAGACUGCGUUUUUAGACACGGUUGUAGACAAAGGCACAAGAUUCAAGGAAAAAUCUAUCCUUGAUGCAAAGACACAUUUUUAACAGAGGCAAACCUUCUUGCACACACAUUUCACUUCGUGUCACCCUCCAAAUGUUAAAAAAGGAUUUGUCGAAGAAGGAGCCUUGAGAAUCCUACGAAAAAACUCCUCAGAAACAACCUUUGAGGAAAAUAAUUCAAAUUUAAAAAACAACGCUUGAUGGACGGAGGCUACCCACAAUCUUUGAUAGAAAACAUACCAUCAGAAAUAAAAUUCACGAAAGGGAGUCUAAACUCCUAAAACAAAACAACAAGGAGGAAAAAGAAAUAUUGCCAUUCGUGACACAAUACCAGCCCUCAGUGUCUACGAUAAAGGAAGCUUGAAUGAAAAAAUGGAAUCUUAUACAAAACCAACUGUAACCUCAAUAAAUUUUUAAAGAGCCACCAAUCAUUUCCUUACAAAAAAGGAAAAUCAUUAAAGGACAUGCUCGUAAGAGCCAAAGAAAAAAGGUUAAGGGUUCCACUCCCGUAUAGAUGUGCGGCCUGUCACCCUUUUGUACUUUCUCGCACAACAGGUUUACGAGUAUUUCAGCAAUAAUUCCAGCUGGCUGUGUUUUAUAUAACAAGUGUAGUCAACUGUCUCGUUAGUAGUUAGUGCCUAUCUAUGUAAUAAAAUAGGGUGACCCACCCCCUAAGGGUAGCUGAAAAUUGCACGACCCACCCCUUGCACAAGGCUCAAAACCUCAUGACCCACCCCCCCUCUGCUCCGGCCCACCCCCCCCCCCCCCUAUACUUUUUGACCAGUCCCUUAACAGAUGAAGGCAUUGACACUCAGCGAGUAUUAGGGACAGCCGUUGGCUCUCGCUCAGGUAAACGUGAAAUUGUCAACUCCGCAAAAAACAGCUCAGAGUUAUUGCAAGAAGUUGUGAAGGAGGCUAUCGAAAAUGAGUGCUUGAUAACCUUGAUGAUAAAUGACUGGACAAAAGUGUACACCAAGAGACGAGCUACAGAUGAAAGUACAUCCGUAGCAGACAAUUUCUGCACCGUCAUCUCAAGGUUGUCAAAGACAUCAAGGCCAUUCCACGGACGGAGGUUAAAACCAUUCACAACCCCAAGGGAAUUGAUGUGGAAAGUUUAUCUCUUUUUCUUUUUUCACAGUCCUCUUUUGAAAACCUUUCUCAGUCAUACUAGCAACAUUACCUGA